AUGGUCCAUUCGAAAUCGAAUUUGGAGGAGUUUUGUGAACGCCUAAGGCACGUGCCUCCACCAGAGCUAGAGAAGGAGUCAGAUGAAGUGCUCGCUGAAGUUUUCAAUAUCGCUAAGGAGCAGAUUUCCGAUUCCACGAGUGGAGUACCGCCCGUUGAAAGCCUCGUCAUUCUUUCACGCAUAAGGAGGUUAUGGCAGUCCAGGCCAGACGACGAGAUAUUCGGUAUUCUGCUGGAACGGUUCUUCUCUGGCGAUGACGACAACGACACGCGACUUCUAAUAAUGAAAGUUCUGGCCAAUCUGCCCGUUAUCAACGACACUAUGACCAAGGGGCACUUCUUCUCUUACGCGGCCCUAUUUGUAGACGACGUAAAAGAGAGAAGCAUAUCAUGCGACAUUGAAAAUUUCCUUUUCUGCAGAAUUCUCUCGCUGGGCUCGAUAAUCUCCAAUAACUUUGUGCAUGCAAUGGUAGAUUGCCUCGAUGAGCUCUGUUCUUGGAUGGUAUGCGCCGCCUCGGCCGAGCAUUCUCGAAGUCCUUAUCAAGUCAAAGUUCUCAAAGAGCUAUCCAAGGUUUUGUUUGUAAUUUUCUGUCAAAAAGAAGUUUCUUCGAAUGAAUCCAACUUUCAAAAAAUCCUAUUACCUAUUUCUUCACUCUUCUCCAUUAUCUCGCAACGCUUCAAUGACCAAUCAACUCAACUCGUCGACAACUUAGUACAAUUACUCGAGCGCCUUCCUGACAAAUUCCUAAAAGAUGCUUUCGACCUACCGCGCGAUCCACUGGCUCCCUUUGAAACCCAUUACCAUAAGCUGGAUCUGUUCUAUGAGCAAUUUUAUCGCAGAGUAUGUGGAGACACGUCUUUUCUGGCUGACAAAGGAGAACUGCUUCCCUUCUUGAAAGUUCUCUGCUCGCUGACAAGUUGCUCGCGACACGCUAGAAAGCGUUUUCAGAAGCUUCUCAAACUGGAAAAACGCGACUACCAGAAGCUCCCCAACGACCGUAACUCGUUCUCCGGUCGAUUGAUUUCCCUCUUUACGGACACGGACGUUGACAUCAAAACCCUUGCCGCCCAACUAUUCAUGAUCAUAUCGAAGAACAAAGUUCAGCGGUUCAUCGAUAUAACUGGUUACGGCAAUGCGGCGGGCCUUCUUUACACGAACAGCGCCUUGUCCGGUGAGAGUGCAUUUACGCAGCUUGACUACGCAAGUAGCGACGAUGAAGACUACCAACGCGAUAUUGAAAUCAAAAGCCAAGCAAACAAGUUAGCUCGCAACAAAGGAAUCGAAAAUCCCGAAUAUAAUCCAACGACUGGAAGAAUAGAGCCACAGAAGCUUGACAUCUUUGCUGGGCUAUCCGACGAGCAAAAAGAGUGGGAGGCUCACCAAAUCGCGAAUCUGUUCUGUCGACUUGGCGACAGUGGGCUACAACCGAUGGGAGUUGAUGCUGAUGGUAAAUUCAAACCGAUGAGAGAGCUGGCCCACGAAGUGAAUCUCCCCAGUGAACUAACAGACUCCGACUCCGAUUAG